AUGGUUUUAUCCUGGGUUUACGAUGACGAGUUUGCCUCUACAGGAAUGAAAGGACCUUUCGGAGAAAACGCCCACCACGCUAAAGUCUUGCACUCCAUAUUCUUAUCCAUGGAAAGCGCCCUUUUUGGAAUGUUUGUGGUGGCGGUCUCAUGCGAUCAGUUAGGAGCGAUCUUUUCCGAAGAAACUGCAGUUGAAGCCGUUCAGCGUAGAACGAAGCAGACAUACAAGAGAAGUCGCCGUCGAGGAAGGUUUUCACUUCUCAAGGAAGUUUGUGGGGGAGGUGAGAAAUUUUCAAUUCUAGCGAGUUUAUGCCGGGAUCAUUUGACGGGGUGGAGUUUUCGUGUCUCCUGUAAGAUCUAG